UGGGCGUGUCUUUGGCGUAUGGGCGGAUUUUUAAUUUAUUUUUAUAAUUGCUGGUUGUGGAAAAAUGUCUUCAGUGCCUGAUGGCAAGAAAUUGGUUCGAAGCCCAAGUGGACUUCGAAUGGUCCCGGAGAAUGGAGCGUUUAACAGCCCUUUUUCGUUAGAUGAACCUCAGUGGGUCCCGGACAAAGAGUGCCCAAGCUGUAUGCAGUGCACCAACAAAUUUGACUUCCUUACAAGAAAGCACCACUGCCGACGGUGUGGCCGGUGUUUCUGUGAUAAGUGCUGCAGUAAGAAGGUGACUCUUCCCCGGAUGUGCUUCGUUGACCCGGUCCGGCAGUGUGGAGAGUGCAGCCGGGUCUCCCAGAAGGAAAUGGAGUUCUAUGACAAACAGCUUAAAGUGCUAAUGGGAGGUGGUACAUUUAUUGUCACUUUGGGCACCUCCGAGAAGUCUGAGACCAUGACGUGUCGUCUCUCCAACAACCACAGGUACCUCUUCUUAGAUGGGGAGAGCCAUUUUGAGGUGGAGCUGUCUCGGAUCUCCAGUAUGCAGGUGUUGACAGAGGAGUCCACCCCCGAAGAGAAUGACAUUCACACUUACACCAGUCUGCUGGACAGUCAGUCUUUCUCUGAAGGUGGAAACUGCAGGGCCAGUGGCAUGUUGCUCCACUACAAACCAAUGGGCUCUCAGGACCCCAAGCAGCUACGCAUGGAGGCAGCAGAGGACAAGAAAACCACCUCCUCAUGGCUUGCUGCCAUGCACAAGGUACACCACCAUAACAGUCUGGCUUGUUUUUUAAUAGGAAUGUUAUAUUUGACUUAAAAUGUUACUGGACUGUAUGGUGUGAUAUCCAAGCUUCAGACCCGCCAUUGCGUACUGUGUGUGUAUAUGGCUGAAAUAGUUAUUUUGUAUAGCUCUGCCUGUACUACAUCUGUUCCCUAACAGGGUGCCAAACUGCUGUAUGAAGCUCGGGACCAGUGACUGGGUUAAAUGCGGAAGACACAUUUCAGUUGAAUGUAAUCAGUUGUACAACUGACUAGGUAUCCCCCUUUUCCCUUUCAUUGCUAAGAUGACUAGAGAGUGAGAUGGCACAGACCAAGUGUUUUCUUUCCUACCCUUAAGUCUCUCAUUCUCUAAAUGUAGACAGCAGACUUUAGCCACACUUCACUUGAAUUAUUUGGCCAAUAACCCAUCCUAAUACUGCCAUCUAUGUAAUGCUAUAAUAGACAUAAGACACUUGGCAUAACCCUUUCCCCUCACCACCAUUAAUGUGACAAAUUACCUUAAAAGCAUCUUGUAGGGUCUGUGACACAUAGUUCAAGUGAAGUUUCUUUAUAUAUUCUGUCUAUGCUCUGCUUUCAGUGCUGACAGAUUAUUCACUGAUUCUAGUGAAAUACACUACCGGUCAAAAGUUUUAGAACACCUACUCAUUCAAGUGUUUUUCUUUAUUUUACUGUUUUCUACAUUGUAGAGUAAUAGUGAAGACAAACUAUGAAGUAACACCUUAUGGAAUCAUGUA